CGAUUCCAAAGUCCGUUAGCGCGUACACGACGUCGUGAUUGACAAUUAAAAGUUACCGCGGUUUUUGUUUUAAAUUACUCCGCGAGCGAGUUGAGGGUCGUUGCAAUUGGCCCCCGCGAUUGGUAAUACGAAAAAAACGCACACUCCGCGUUUAAUCGAAUUUAGAUCGUUUAUCACAUGCGGGUUUGCGAAAUCUCGCGUUACCGCAAAAAUACCUCUCGACACGUUUUAUUAUAGCAAAAAGACAGGUGCUUUUGAUUUGACGCGACUUAAUCGGCAGAAGUACCGUUACGAGACAAGAAAUACUCUUACGUCAAAAUUAUCGAUCAUUUAAUUGAUAAUGUCCGAAUAAAUUAACAACGAAUCGUCACAGUCACUUUCCCUUUAAACGCGACGCACGUUUCAAGGAUUCUCGUUCUGUCACUCGUGAGUAAUUCGCAUGUAGAGGUAUGCCUUUACCCUGGAAGUAUUAUCUUCUACAUUUUCGCGGUACACAAUUCUGAACGCGUAAAAUUAGUCCGUGCCCUAUCAGUCGGAUUUUAUCGGACACUUGGCUCGCCACUUGCUAAUGCAUGACGUCGAAUGUGCACCCUGUUAUUUAUGUCGUGCAUGUGUAACGAAAUAUAUAUACGCAAUAUUUAACGUGGUGCAACGAUCGAUGACACUAGUUGUACUGUAGCGAAGGCGGAGGCAAAAAAGAGCGAUCGUAAUAGUCAGCCGCUCGAUAAGCAUGCAUGGAGUAUACACAAUCGUUCUGUUUUAAAUUCCUUCCUGCUUGAAAUAAAAUAUAUCUAUAUUUAUAUAAUAAUCGAUUGUUUGCCUGUAGAGGCAAACGAUGUCCUUUGAAUAUAAAAUCUAACUAAAAACGCUUCUUUAAGUAAUUGAAUUCUAAUAAUAAAUAUCGAAUUCUAAUCAAACGAUAAUGAAUCAAUAGACUAAUUCUACGGUGGCGUUAAUUCGCUGCAGCUUUAAUGAAUAUCUCUUACUCGAGUAUUUUAUUAAGUGCUAAAUAUUUCCUUUCCAUGUUUUCGCUUGCGUGAGGGGUGCUUUUAUAUUUUGAACGCGCUUCGAGAAUACGCCUCAGUUUAUCGAUUUCGGCACGAACGCCUUUCCUGCUUCGGGAGCACGCGCUCGAAUGCAAAUGAAAGGGCUAAUUGACAUCUCGAAUGUCAGUGAGGAGUAUUGUGUAUUCCGUAUAUCGAAGUAUCCCGUUUCGGUUUUCGACUGAAUUUUUACGGAGCCUCCUCGACUUUCGCGCUCGGACGAAGCCGGGCUCGGACACGUUGACGUUGCCGGAAGCCGGAAUGGCAAUUACGCUUGACGUUAUCGAAGCGAUCGCAACACCUGGCGGACUUUUAGGCACCAUGAACAAGACGGAAUUCAACAUUGUUCUGAGCACGGAGCCACCGAGGACGUCUCCGAACGUGAUUCACUCUCACAUUCCGGUGCCGAGAAUAUCGGCCGCGAUCAAGGCUCAAGAGAGAUGUCCUCCAAAACGUAGAGGAUCCUUCGAGAAGCUCAGCCGGGGGACGGGGAACGUGGCAGCCCAAAGAGCGUCCUUCGAGAGGCUCGAAGCUUCGGUCGUACAGCUGAGGUCACGCAACAACAAUCAACUGUCGAGCUCCAGCAUCGAGAUGCGAAAGUCCGAGGAGAAGACGACGCCAGUGAGCGGUCUUUGCAAGACGAACGACGUCGCCAGGCUCAACAGGAGCAACAGCUUCUUGGAGAGCAAGUGGAAGAGCAAAUAUGAGGAUUCGGAGAAGAGGCGGAAACACCUGCUCCAGAAGAGCGAAGCUGUGAAUAAAGAGCACGGGGAUUUGGAGAAGAAAUACCAGCAAUUGCAGAGAGAAAAUGGCUUGCUGCAGUCGCAAGUUCAAGAGAAGGAGCAGAAGCUAUUGAAAUUACGAACCGUUUCCGAAGCGGUAUGUAAGGAAUACGAACAAUUAAAGCAUCAGUAUGACGUGGAAACAAACGCGAUGCACAAAGCUAUGCAACAAGCCUCUCAGUGGUAUCGACAAAACCGUGAACUGAAGCGAAGAUCUCAAAUCAUGGCGCAGAAGUUUCUUCAUAGUAAUCCGGAUGAGUCACUGCAUUUCGAAGUGUCGGACGAAGUGGACUCGAACUUUGAAGAUUUGGAUCAGUUGAGACAAACGGUGACAGAGCUGAGCGGUGAAAUAGCGCGACUGCAAACGGAGCUUCAUUCCGCGCGGCUUCAGGAAUUCGAGGCGCAGGAGCAGGUGACGCAGCUGACCACGCAGCUGGAGGAGGAAAGGAUCCUCCGACAAAAAGGCGAGGAGAAAAUUAACGAGAUGAAAGUGCACAAGGAUAAUAUGGAAAGAGUCACGAAAAUGGUGGCUGAAGAGGUGCAGACUCUGAAGACGCAAUGCGAUCGCGAGAGAGAAAGCGCGAAAGUUCUGAAGAUGGAAGCCGAAAGGGUCCAGAAAGAACGAAAUGUUUUAGCGCACCAAAGCGCUCUUCUUAUGGCCGAGGUUGGAGACGAUCCGAAUGGCAGAUUGUUGACCGUUUUGCAAGAGGUGGAAUCCCUAAAGAGGCUACUGGAGGAAGAACAGCAAAACCAUGCUUCUCAAGUGCAGAUGCUACAGGAGAAAUUAGAGGAGAAAGAAUCGAAUGUGGAAUUUGAGAUCGUCGAGGAGAAGUUGAAGCUUGCGGAGUCUGAAUUAGACGUAGUUGUUCAGAGAGCCGAAAGGGCUGAGAAAUCGGUGGAAGAGUUGGAAAACGUUGUGCAUUGCUUAAAACAGAAAAUCAGCGAAUUAGAGGAGAAAGUUUCAAAACCGCCACCGCCACCGUUACCGCCACCUCCUCCACCACCACCGACGUCGACGAUUGGUCAGUCAUCGAUAAAAUUGCUGACCCGAGAAAAAUUGACCUCGGCUGUAAGCGAUAUGGAAAACAUGCUUGGCAUUACACCGAAAAAAACGCCUACGGUCACGCAACAACCCGCUAUCGAUGAUAUUAUUAAUCAAAUUAAAGGCGGACGUUUCACGCUGAAGCAAACGGAUGUAAGUCAGACUAUACAAAUAUUUUUAGAAUACGUCAUACAAAUGUUUAGAAUACCAUUAAUUUCUCAAACAUUCUUUAAAUCCAGUACAAAAUGCAGUUAUUCUUUUGAUCAAUUACAAUAUGCAUAUUUGAGCAAGACGUUGAUUUCAGAAACAAAGAGAAGAAGAGCGGAAAAGACGACAAGAAGCAGAGAGCAAGCCGCCAGCAGUUUCAGAAAUGUUAAAUAUCCUUGGUACUAUGAGACGAAGAGCUAAACCAAUAAGGCAAUCAUUCAAGUUUACAGAUACAGCGUCAUAGUAAUCAGAAUUGUUUGAACGGAUACAAUUUGUAAUUCCAACAAAACCCUGAAGUCUCAAUCAGCUAAAUUAUAUAUUAUCUCUAUUAUUUUACAGUACGAUAUAUAACUUUGUUACUCAAUGUGUACAAUUUGUCUUAUAGAUCUGUCUUGCUCAACCUAAAUUUAUGCAAAAUCUAUUUAUUCGACUGUAAAAGUAGUUUUUGUACUAUUAUAUAUGAGAAGCCAGACGAGGUCUAGUAAAAGAUCGACGGCCAUUUUGCAAAUAUUUUGUAACUUACAUGAUAAGAGAAAUAAAAACAAAAGAAUG